CGGGGAUGUCGCUAAUGUGAGAUGAGGCGUGCGAUUAGCCGUGUGUCGCGGCUAAUAAAAGACAAGCAGAUCUGGAUUUGCAUUAUCUGUUUAACACAACUGUAUGGGGAAUAUCGGGAGCAGCUGGGUAAUGUUGCCAGACGGGAGGCCACACGUCUGUUGACUGAAAGGCAACGGAAGAGGCAUGCCAGCAAUGCCAAGGCAACCAGGAGAGGCCAUGGCCGAGCACAUCAUGCCAACCUGGAUGUGGGGCCCAUGACACCAGGUUUAAGCCCCUCCUCGUCUAUAAAGAAGCCACGGCCCUAUUCCAAAUGCCAGGACUGUUUAGCCCGAAUCCAGAGGUAUAUUGUGACAAAGCUGGGGGAGGACUGGAUCUUCUUGGUUCUUUUGGGUCUCACUAUGGCUCUGGUUAGCUGGAGCAUGGACUAUGCCAGUGCCAAGAGUCUACAAGCAUAUAAGUGGAUGUACGGAGAGCUGAAAGGGAAUGUGGCUCUGCAGUAUCUGGCCUGGGUCUCAUAUCCUAUCAUCCUCGUCGUCUUUGCAUCCCUCUUCUGCCAUUUGGUCGCUCCACAAGCUAUAGGCUCUGGGAUCCCUGAGCUCAAGACCAUCCUCAGAGGUGUGGUGUUAAAGGAGUAUCUGACGCUCAAAGCAUUUGUGGCUAAAGUCAUUGGUCUUACAGCUGGUCUAGGCAGUGGUAUGCCCAUCGGAAAGGAGGGUCCUUUUGUGCAUAUUGCCAGUAUUUGUGCGGCAGUGCUGAGCAGGGUCAUGUCCAUCUUCACCGGUGUGUAUGAGAACCCCUAUGGUUACACAGACAUACUGACAGUAGGAUGUGCUGUUGGGGUGGGCUGCUGUUUUGGGACUCCCCUUGGAGGUGUGUUGUUCAGUAUUGAGGUCACGUCAACAUAUUUUGCAGUGAGGAAUUACUGGAGAGGAUAUUUUGCUGCCACAUUCAGUGCCUUCAUUUUCCGAGUGCUGUCAGUGUGGAACAAAGAUUCCGUCACGAUAACAGCACUGUUUCGUACAAACUUCCGUAUGGACUUCCCUUUUGACCUGCAGGAACUGCCAGCUUUUGCAAUAAUCGGGAUCUCAUGUGGGUUUCUAGGGGCGUUCUUUGUCUAUCUGAACAGACAAGUUGUUCUGAUCAUGAGGAGACCAACGGCUCUUACGCGCUUUCUCACAAAACACCGGUUGAUUUACCCUGGUGCCGUGACACUAAUUAUAUCCUCCUUCACAUUUCCUCCGGGCUUCGGCCAGUUCAUGGCUGGAGAGCUGAUGCCCAGAGAGUGCAUUAAUUCACUAUUUGAUAACUUCACUUGGACAAAGAUCUGGGGUUCACCGGCUCCUCCUGGAUUGGGUCGCUCUGCUGCUUGGCUCCACCCACAAGUCAGCGUCUUCGUUAUCCUACUCCUCUUCUUUGUCAUGAAGUUCUGGAUGUCUGCAGUCUCUACAACAAUGCCGGUCCCUUCUGGAGCUUUCAUGCCUGUUUUUAUAUUGGGAGCAGCAUUCGGCCGUUUGGUGGGUGAGAUCAUGGCCACGCUUUUCCCGAACGGAAUUCUGUUUGAUGGGAUCGUGUACCAAAUCCUGCCUGGAGGCUACGCAGUGAUAGGGGCAGCAGCUAUGACAGGAGCUGUCACACACACUGUUUCAACUGCAGUGAUCUGUUUUGAACUGACGGGUCAAAUCUCACACAUCCUGCCCAUGAUGGUGGCCGUGAUUCUCGCCAACAUGGUGGCACAGGGUCUACAGCCUUCUCUUUAUGACUCCAUCAUUCAGGUCAAAAAGCUGCCCUAUCUCCCAGAGCUCGGCAUUGGCCACAUCAGUAAAUAUAAUAUCUUUGUGGAAGACAUCAUGGUGAAGAAAAUAAAGUUUCUAUCACCUCAGUCCACUUACAGAGAGCUGAAAGAACUCCUGGAGUCCACGUCUCUCAAAACCAUCCCGCUCGUUGACUCCAAAGAGUCAAUGAUUCUGUUGGGCUCAAUUGAGAGAUGUGAACUUCAGGCCGCCUUCGAUUGGUGGCUCUCAGCCGAGAGGCGGGUUUAUACCCGAGGUGAGGGCGUGCCGAGCCCGGGGUCACCGGUCAGCUGGCAGUCCUUCGCCUUCGUGGAUGAGGAGGUUGGAGAGGAGAAUGGAGACAAGGGUAACACAGUCUCUGAAGAGUGUAACGGCCCACUGGGGUCCUCUAAAACCACAGACAUCUCCACUAAUCACACCACAUCCGGUGCUCUGCAGUCCAUGAGGAGGACACUUCAUCGUCUUUUCUCCUCAUCUUCCUCAUCAGGGCAGACUGAGCCAGAGAGCCCUGCAGCUCCUCCUGUAGCUGAUAACAUGACUCCUGAAGAGAUCAAAGCCUGGGAAGAGGAAGAGCUGGAUAAGCCGAUUGACAUUGAUCAGAUCCGUGUUGACCCCUCACCUUUUCAGCUUGUUGAGAGAACAUCUUUGCAUAAGACUCACACCCUGUUCUCUCUGCUGGGUCUCAGUCAUGCAUAUGUAACCAGUAUUGGUAAACUGAUUGGGGUGGUCGCACUAAAAGAGCUCCAGAAAGCAAUCGAGGGUUCGACUCGUAGCGGAGUGCGACUGCGUCCCCCUCUGGCCAGUUUCAGAGACGCCAGACGCAAGGCCAAAAAGCCUUCUCAUUCCCCUUCCAUCCAGUCCUCUCCCACACGGGACAGAGAGCUGUGGAGCGAGGGAGUGAAAAGAGAGACUAAAGACGAGUCAGCUGGUAGUUGUAUCCAGACAGCAGAGAAAGAGUGUGAUAUCGCCAUGGGCAACAGCAACAGAAGUACCGUCAGCACCUCUCAGGAGCAAUUGCCUUCCCCUUCUUCUUCCACACUUCCUCUGUCCUCUCUUCAUUCUGUGCCUGAAGCAGAGGUGGAUGCUGAUAGAGAGAGUGAUGAGGAGCCUUUAUAGGUCUAUUGUUUUGUAAUUUACUCAAAUUCAGCCCUCCAGGGGGAGGCAAACCAAAUUAUGGUGCUGCCUUUGAGCCCAGCAUGGGCCGUCGGACUUGUUGGCUGAUUUUCUACUCUCCUGGACAGGACUCUUUCUUUCUAGAUGUUUUUAUUCAGUUAAGUUUCUUUUGCUGUCUAUUACAUUUGUACAUAUGGACAGUCGGUCUGACACAUUUCACUGAAUAUUGACAAUCCAUCCCAGUGUUUGUCUGCUGUACUUCAUAUUAUAUCUCUGUAAAAAAGUGAAAAUGUUUGUAAAAAUGAAAGAUUUAUUACCUUAAGCUAUUUAUACCUGACCUGACCCUUAAAAACUUCUUAUCUUGGUGUGUAACCCAAUGCAUUCAGGUUAAUUCAUUCAUACUAAAUAUUUUGUCUUGCUCAUUUAAAUGUUGCCACAUGAAGCACAUUUUACACUCUAAAAAAUGUUGGGUUAAAAACAACCCAAGUUGGGUUGAAAAUGGACAAACCCAGCGGUUGGGUUAAAUGUGUGCCCAACCAUUGGGUAGUUUUAUUUAACUCAACUACUGUUUAAAAAUUACUGUACUGCUUUCUUAAAAUGAACCCAAAGUAUGUUGGAAAUGAACAUUUAUUAAUAUAUAUUUAAUAAGUGUAAUUAAUAAUAAUUAAACAAUAUUAUCAAAUUGCUUAUUAAUAAAUGUUUUUAAACAAUAGUUGAGUUAAAUAAAACUGCCCAGCAGGUUGGGCAAACAUUUAACCCAACCUGUCCAUUUUCAACCCAACUUGUAUUGUUUUUAACCCAGCAUUUAGGUUUAACCCAGCAUUAGCAUGUAGGUUUCCUUUUCCUUUUCCUUUUUUUUUUUUUUUUUUUUUUACAUUGUAGAUGUGAAAUUUAAAGGAAUAUUCCAGGUUCAAUACAAUGUUGUUAUUGUUAACUAUGACUAAAUCUAUUAUAUAUUGUUUUUGGUAAUUGAAAUGAAGAUGAAAUAAAAUAAAAGAAAAAGUUAAGUUCAGAUAUGUUUAAGUUGAAGUACUAAAAUGAGUCAAAUUAAAACUGAAAUAAAAAAAAAUAAAAAAACAGAUUUUUUUUAAAUUUUUUUUAUUAAAAUUAAAACUGAUAAUAUAAAUAUAAAAGCUAAUUCAAAAUGUUAAUAAAUGCCGUAGUGUUAUUUUAGUAUUAUGUACAUACUAUUAUAUAUAAUAAUAGUAUAAUACUAAAAUAACGCUGGUUUAAUGAACAGAAUUUGUGACAAUAUUAAUUACUGCAAAAAGCAAAUUUGUCCAUUUUCUUUAAAUAAAAAGUAAAAAUCAGUGUUACAGUGAGGUACUGUAAUGUUUGGAUUUAAAAGUAGAAAUAUGUAGCUUGUACUUUUAUAAAAGCACUAACAUUAAUUUGUCUCUUUAAGCUUGUGUACUUUUUGAGCUGUAAAGUUGUUUAAAUAAUCGUUACAGCUGUAAUAGGUGAUUUUUGUCCACACUAAAAUCAUGUUAAUGCAUAGUUUUUACACCAUAUGGCUAUAAUAUUAUAAUAGUGAAUAUAUUAACAUUAAAGGGAUAGUUCACCCAAAAAUGAAAAUUCUGUCAUCAGGAAGAUAUUUGGAAGAACGUUUGUAACCAAACACAUCUCGCCCCCUAUUUGACUACCAUAGUAUUUUUUUUUCUACCAUGGUAGUAAAUGGGGGGCAAGAUCUGCUUGGUUACUAAAAAAAAUUCCAAAUUUCUCCCUUUGUGUUCAGCAGAACAAAUAAAUUCAUACAGGUUUUGAACAACUUGAGGGUGAGUAAAUGAUGACAGAACUUUCAUUUUUUGGUGAACUAUCCCUUAAAUGCAUUGCCCCCCUUCACUUCCAUUGUAAGUGCCUUACUGUAACACAGAUUAUUAUUAUAAUAUUAUUAUUAUUAUUAUUUAAGAAAAAGUUCAAUUAUUUUGGGGGUUAUCAACAUUAUGCCACAAAUUGUGUCCAUUGGUCUUGUGCUGAACCUGGAAUAUUCCUUUAAUCACUAGUCAUUCAUUAUAAAACUGUUUUGUUUACUACAUAAUUUAAAGGGAUAGUUCACUCAAAAAUGAAAAUUAUCCCAAGAUUUACUCACCCUAAAGCCAUCCUAGGUGUAUAUGACUAUCUUCUUUCAGACGAACACAAUCAGAGGUAUAUUUAAAAAAUAUCCUUAGUCCUCCAAGGAUUAUAAUGGUUGUGAAUGGUAGCCCAAAUUUUGAAGACAAAAAAAUGCAUCCAUCCAUAAAAAAAAAAAAACAAUCCAUUCAACUCCAGGGGGUUAA